GGGAGGUAGAGAGACAGACAGAGAGACAGACAGGCAGGUUGACCGGGAGGCUGCAGGCUUUGCAGGCUCCUCACUGUUUGUUUGUUGGUUUGUUUGUUUGUUUGUUUGUUUGUUUGUUUGUUUGUUUGUUGUGGUAGUGCGGUGUUAUUGGUGUUAAUGUAAACAUUAGUCAUUUUUUCAGUUUUUUGACUUUUUUUAAAAAUUAUUUUAUUUAUUUUUUCACUGAUUUGAGUUUUUGUUUGCUGUCAGAGAUCAGCUGACGCUCCACUUUCAAAACUCUCUAGAGUGUGUGUGUGUGUGAGUGUGUGAGUGUGUGAGUGUGUGUGUGUGUGUGUGUGUGAGUGUGUGUGUGUGUGUGUGUGAGUGUGUGUGAGAGGAUGAGUGGCGGUAAAAAGAGGAGUGGCUUCCAGAUCACCAGCGUGACAUCAGACUUUAACCAAACACCCAGUGGCCAAUCGGCUCCCAGCGUCCUGGCUGUCCUCCAAUCAGCUUCCAGCCCUCAGGGAAGCUCCUCCCAGCCGACCACGCCCUCCCUGAAGAGGAAAUACAUCUCCCAGGAUGCCUCGGGGCACGGCGUGGGCUCCUCCAGGUUCCGCGUGGUGCGACUGGCCGGUGGGCGGGGCGAGCCGUAUCGCCGCGGGCGAUGGACCUGCACGGACUUCCUGGAGCGGCAGGAAGGGGCGGGGUUUAUACGGGUGAUGGACAGCAUGCGACACGCCCACUCCCUGGAGUCUCUGGAGCUGAUUGGUCUGGACAGAGAGAGGGGCGGGACCAGCGUUCACAUACACUCCCAGGGCACCUCCCACCUCCUUGCCCAGCCAAUCAGAGGCGAGGGGGCGGGGCUUGUGCUGCGCAGCGGCCCCCCCUCCCCCACACACCAGGAACCAAUCAACAUCCGUGUCCUGGACUCUAAACAGCCAAUGGGAGGGCGGGCGUUAGACUUCAGCCCUCCACCCCCAUCGCCACGGCCACGGAACAUCCCUCCUCCACUCCGAUUGGACGUUGACGCUGCAGGGCGGUCUGUUCUCAGGCUCUCUCGCUCACAGCCCAGCUCCCCCCCGCCUCCCUCAGCUUUCAGCCUGGAACAGACCAUGUUCAACCUGCAGGAGGACGCCAGCAGCUCCAGUAACAGUCUGAUCGCCAUCGACAACAAGAUAGAGCAGGCCAUGGACCUGGUGAAGAGCCACCUGAUGCUGGCUGUGCGGGAGGAGGUGGAGUUCCUCAGGGAGCAGAUCCGAGAUCUGCAGGAGAGAAACCAACAGCUGGAGAGAGAGAACCACAUCCUGAGAGCACUCACACACACACACACACACACAA